UUGCUCUCAAGCUGUAUGAUCCAGGGUAGGACAAAUCAUUUUAAAUUAUUCACAGCAAAUCAGUUUUAUCACCUGGACUGUGACAAAAUGGAUGAAAUGUACAAGGUCUCUUCAACUGAGAGGGUCCAGCAGGUUGAAAAGGAACUAGCUGUACAGCUGAUGGAACUGAAGACAGAAAUAAAAGGAAAUGGAGUCCUACAGGGAACGCCACAUCGCUCUUUUCCCCUUCCAAAAGACAUUGACUAUUUCAGAAGAGAAAGGGAAUUGGCACUGAAGAAAUGUUUACAGGUAGCAAAUGCAAAGCCUCUUGCAAUUCAAGCUGAUGUCAUGCAGAGGGAGCUAGACAGCUGUCUAAAAAGAGAAUAUACAUCUGAAAGUUUACCUUUAUUACUGCACCAGUUUUUUACAGACAGAAUUACGCACUUGGUCCAAAGCAAAUAUUUACACAUGCUAAGAUGGAAAAGAUUUUGUCAGCACAGAAAUGUUGUUGAGCAGCUCUAUCCACUUUACCAGAAACAAGUGGCUCACAUUAUGCAGGAGUACAAUGACGCUGUUCAAAGGGCUGCAAGACUCUCAAGUGUACGGGAGAACUUCCUGACGGGAAAGGAAAAUCCUACAAAUUUGGUGACUCAGGAAGACCUGGCUAUUUACACACAAUGGUUGAUAUGUCACUGGCACUCACUUAGGGCCAUCCACAACUACCUCCGGGUACUCCAGUACUUGCCUAUCUCUCACAGGAUGGAGUUGGCCAUUGACAGACAUCCAGCCUGGAGUGAUGGGGGGAAAUUCAAAGCCCUCAGCAACAUGGAUUUCUUGUCUCCCAGUAUUCAGUUCUCCGCCUGCACUACCACAUCAGUGACAAAUGGAUCCUUGUCAAGGGAUGCCAUCCCUGCGCUUCCCCAACACAGUGCAAACAUUGAAGAAAUAAAGCCUCAGCUCAGACUUUUGCUUUCUCAGUUUGGUAUCAGCUAUGAUGUGGAAGACCUGAGACAUUCUGCAAAUGAGAUGGAAUUUUUUUCCAUGGUUAUGCAUAAGUUUAGAAGCAUUUUCAAUGAACAACAGACAAUGAAAACAUUUCCUGUUUAUGAUGCUGCUGGUCCACCUGGAUUGGAUAGCUGGGGUGUUGUGGGACCCAAAAUGGCUUUGAGAAAGAGAGCCAACUGGAUUCCUUUUAUAAAGAUUAAACCUCAACAAGACCCAUGGCAACAAAAGCUCCUAAUGAAAUUGAAACAAUGGAAAAAGGUAGAUGAACUGCUGCAGCUUCAGUCAACAUUUUUAGAGGUUUCCAAUUUGGAGCGGGUGAUGGAGGCUCUCCAGGAGCAAGCAGCAGCAAUACUAAAGCCAGGGCCAAUAACAUCAGCUUUUACGACUUCUUCUCAUUCACAACAAUAUGAUCACAUCUGGAAAAGUAUUUACCAGAACCCAGAACUGUAUCAGUUUCAGUAUUAUGUUGCAACUGAGCUUCAGUUUGAUUACCUGUAUGAAACUCCUGUCAUCACUUAUCUUGUGAUGGCUUUGCCUUUUGUUCCAUAA